AUAUAAUGCAAAUUUUAUGUUGUUUUGUGGCAAUGUUGAAGCGCAACUGGACGAUGUCGUAUGUCGUUCCAAUUUGAAUGGAAAAAUAAAAAUCCCAAGUGUAUAUAUAAAACUGAAGUCAUUUUAAAGUUAGCAUCAUUCUGUCCAUCGGUUAUAGUGAGUAGCAUUUUGAAAAGUAAACAGAAAAACGAAAAAACGAAUACAAAACAGAAAUGCGAAUUUUUGUCAUUCUAUGCCUGGUGGCAUGCGCAUACGCCCAAUCGGGCUAUGUCUACGAAAUUGCCAAUGCAGCCGCAGGAAAACUCGAAAUUGUCAGUAGCAUAACUAAAGGCGGCAGCAAAAAAGCAUCGACUUAUGGAGCCUUUGGUGGCAAUGUUAAAAGUUUUAGUGAACCAAUCAUUCUGGAAGAAGCUACUUCUAAUACAGUUUCAUCUUUUGAAACUACAAAUUCAGUGGUAGACAACGAUUCCGAUGAAGGCAGUGAUGGAAGUGCAGUGGUAAUUGGUGACAAUGAAAGCAGUGCUGACAGUUCCGGAAGUGAAAGCGUAGUUGUUAGUAUCAAUUCGAAUUCCGGAAGCCUUGGAGGUAGUUUCGGCGGCAGUACUGGCAGUGAUAUUGUCAACAGUGCCAGUGGUACGGAAGACGUCAGCAAGGACAGCAGCAGUACCGAGGACGACACUGGAGCUUCUGGUUCGGUCUCUAGUUUUGUUGUGGUUGGUGGUGGCAGUAACGGUGCCGAUAGCGAUGUUGUAAGCAGCGCCAGUAGCGUGGGAAGUGAUAGCGAACUAUCUACUUUGACCUCCGAAUCCAGUGUUAGUGGCAGCAGCGGUGAUACUGAUGGUUCCAAUCUAAGCAGUGCCACAAACACCCUUAAGGAUAGUGGCAUUUCUAGUUUGGUUUCUAUUGUAACUGGAGCUGGUAUUGGCAGCACCAACACAGAUAAUGAUGCUGUAAGCGGCGCUAGCAGUACUGGAAAAGAUGCAGAUGUAUCUGGUAUAGUGUCUGAAAUGACGGAAGGCACUAUUAGUUCUGGCAGUGAAAUUGUAAGCAGUGUUGCAGCAAGUGACAGUGGAGCUUCGAAUACGGACACUUUCAGCCUUACAUCAACAAUUGAAGGCAGUGCUAGUAAUGACAUUGUAAGUAGUGCCAGCAAUACCGGAAACGAUAAGGAAGUAUUGGGUUCCGACUCUAGUUCUGGUAUUGCUGCAGCUACAAUUGAAGCAGCUGCUGAUGAUGCCGGAAAAGAUAGUGGAAUUGUAACCUUGGUGUCCGAUUCUGUUAUGUCUACACCAUCGGCUGCAUCGUUGACUUCCAAUGCUGGCUCUACAAUUGAAAUCCUUAGCUCAGAACCUAGCUUAAGCAGUUCUAAGUCUGACAAUACCUUGGUCGGAUCCUCAGCUCUGGCUGAUGCCAGCUUUGGCUCAAGUUCAGAUUCAUCAUUCAGUGUCUCCAGCUCAGCAGCACCAGCUGCCAGUGAAACUAGUUCGACCGUUUCAAGUACAGCACCUGCUUCUGAAUCUGCUACAGCUAGUGAAUCUAUUUCGGAGCUUUCUACCGUAGGAUCCAGUUUCAUAGUUCCAGCAACCAGCUCUGGACCCAUUUCUAACUCUGAAUCCUUCAGUUAUUCCAGCUCACCCCUCUCUGCUGUUGGAUCCAGUUUCAUUGUUCCAGCUAUCAGCUCUAGUGUCAUUUCAGCUAGUUCUGAACCUGCAAUCAGCUCCGCUAGUUCAUCUCUCUCUACUGAUGAGUCCAGUUCCAGUUCCAGCAGCACCGACUUGAUUGGUGCUAGCAUAGAUAGCUAUGCUAAGAUAGAUAGCUUAGAAUCUAGUACCAGUGGUUCUAGUACAGAUUCUAACUUGGUUGGAUCGAGUUCUGCCCCUGUUUCGUCUGGCGUCAGUUUUGGAUCUAAUUUGGUUAUUUCCAGCUCAGAACCCGUUUCAACUACAUCGAGCUCAGAUUCAACAUCGAGUACCUCCAGCUCAGCUCCCACCUUAACCACAUCCAGCUCGGAAUCCUCAUUCAGUGCGUCUAGUUCAUCGCCUGCUGUCAGUGGAUCUAGUUUCACUGUUUCCAGCUCUUCACCAGAAUUGAGCGGCUCUAACACAAGUCCAGCCAUUACCACUACCAAUCCAGAGUCCUCAUUCGACACAUCCAGUUCAUUGCCUGUUUCAAGCGGAGCUACUAUUACCCUUUCUAGCUCAUCGCCAGAUUUCGGAGCCUCUAAUACAAGUCCUUCCUUGACCACAUCCAGCUCGGAUUCCUCUACAAGCGGAGCUAGUUUCACCUUAUCUAGCUCAUCGCCAACUUUCGGUGCUUCCAACACAAGCCCAACCUUUACUACAUCAACGUCAGAGUCCUCAUCCAGCACUUCCAAUUCAUCGCCCAGCAACAGCGAUGCUAGCUUCACUCUAUCAAGCUCUUCGCCCGAAUUUAGUACCUCUAAUACAAGUCCAAGCGUUAUUACCUCCAGCACGGAUUCCUCAUUCAGCUCGGACAGUUCAUCGCCAGCUACAAGUGGAGCUAGUUUCACCAUUUCCAGCUCAUCGCCAGCUUUUGGUGCUUUAAAUGCAAGUCCUACCCUAACCACUUCCAGCUCCGAUUCGGCAUUCAGUUCAACAUCCAGCUCAUCGCCUACAACAAGCGGAGCUAGUUUCACCAUUUCCAGCUCAUCGCCAGCAUUCGGUGCUUCUACUGCCAGUCCUUCCUUAACCAGUUCCAGUUCAGAUUCCACUUUCAGCUCAACAUCCAGCUCAUCGCCAGCUCUAACCAGUUCCAGCUCCGAUUCGACUUUCAGUUCAACAUCGAGCUCAUCGCCAGCUACAAGCGGAGAUAAUUUCACCAUUUCCAGUUCUUCACCAGCUUUUGUUGCUUCUAAUGCAAGUCCUACCUUAACAACUUCCGAUUCCACUUUCAGCUCAACAUCCAGCUCAUCGCCAGCAACAAGUGGAGCUAGUUUCACAACUUCCAGCUCAUCGCCAGCUUUCGGUGCCUCUAAUGCCAGUCCUACCCUAACAACUUCCAGUUCCGACUCGACUUUCAGUUCAACAUCCAGUUCAUCGCCAGCUACAAGCGGAACUAGUUUCACCAUUUCCAGCUCAUCACCAACGUUCGGUAGCUCUUACACUGCACCUAGCUUAACACCCUCAUCAUUCAGUUCUACCAGCUCAUCACCAGCUGCUUUCAGCGAUUCCAGUUCAGGUAGCUUUAGCUCUGGUUCUAAUUUGGUUAUAUCCAGUUUAGCACCUGGCGCCAGCACCUCAAACAGUGGCACCUCGUUUAGUGUCACUAGUGCAUCACCAGUUACCAGCGGUGCCAGUUUCACUGUUUCAAGUACAGCUCCAUCUGGCUCCGAUUCCGCCACUAAGUUUGAUAGCUUCAGCACGGGAUCCAAUGUCCUCGUUUCCAGUUCCAAUCCUACUUUGAGCAAAAGUUCUUCUGAAUCUGUAUACACCAGCUCAAGCUCAUCUCCAGCUACUGGCAGCUCCACGUUUACCCUCUCGAGCUCAACACCCUCCUUUAGUGUUUCCAGCUCAGGCAAUACUUUUGGCAGUUCCAGUUCCGGCUCUAAUUACGCGUCUACAGACUCUGGUGUUACUUCGGGCAGUUCCAAUUAUAAUUCCGAUUCAUUGGUUUCCGCUUCAAAACCUAGUUUCGGUGCAUCGACAACAUCUGAAUCGACUACAUUCAGUGCUUCAAGCUCACCCGUUGGAUCCGGUUUCAAUGUUCCGACAUCCAGUACAAGUGACUCUUAUGGCAUUUCUAACGCUGAUUCCGCACUUAGUGCCUCAAGCACACUCCUUUCGAGCUUUAUCGUCCCAGGUCACAGCAGCUCCAGCAAUACUUUUGACAGUUCUAAAUCUAGCUCCAACCUGAGUGGUUCAAGUUCAGGCUCUACCCUCGGUAGUUUAACAUCAAGCUCAUCUUAUGGGUCGAUCGGCUCUGGUUCAUCCAAUGCCUCGCCUACAUCUGCUGGUUUUGGAUCUUUCAGUUCAGGCUCAUCUUUGGCUGCUUCCAGCUCUGGUUCUUCAUUUGGUAAUUCCGGUUCUGGUUCUACAUUUGGUACUUCCGGUACUGGUUCUACAUUCGGAACAUCCGGAUCUGGCUCCUCAUUGGGUACUUUCGGAUCUGGUUCCUCAUUUGGUACUUCUGCCUCUGGUUCUUCAUUUGGAACAUCCGGUUCUGGUUCCUCAUUUGGUUCUUCCAGCUCUGGUUCCUCUUUAGGCAAUUUCGGGUCUGGUUCCUCAUUUGGUACUUCUGGCUCUGGUUCUUCGUUUGGUACUUCCGGCUCUGCUUCAUCAUUUGGUACUUCCGACUAUGGAUCUUCCUUGGGUGCUUUUGGCUCUGGUUCCUCUUCUGGUACUUCUGGCUCUGGUUCGUCAUUUGGCACUUCCGGGUCUGGAUCCUCAUUGGGUAAUUUCGGAUCUGGUUCCUCUUUUGGUACUUCUGGUUCUGGCUCCUCUUUUGGAACAUCUGGUUCGAACUCGUAUUCUGUUGGUUCCGGUGCAAGCCCCAACUUUGGUUCCAGCUUCGGCUCCAGUUUCGGUGCUUCUAGCUCAAGCUCUAAUUAUGGUUCUUCCAGCUAUAAUUCUGCUUACGGUUCUGUUGGUGCUGCAUCUAAUGUUGCCCCUGGCCAACGUCAACUGGUUAAGGAAUUCUAUACCUUCACAGCCGAUGAACAAGACUUCUAUCAACCUUCGGACUCCAGUCAAUUGCUUGAUAAUCUCCAGCAAAACUUGCGUGUUGUCUUCAUCAAGGCUCCCGAAAAUACCGGCUUAGAAGAUGCCGUUCUUAAGGUAGCCAAGCAAAUGGCCGAACACAAGACUGCAAUUUAUGUCUUAACCAAAGAAAAUGAUCUCUCCGAACUGGCCAACAAAUUGAAUCUUGAAAAUGAGAAUCUCCGUCAUAAGCCAGAUGUACACUUUGUCAAGUAUCGCACUCCCGAAGAUGCUGUCAUUGCUCAACGGGCUAUUCAAGCUGAAUAUGAUGCUGCAGUUGGUGGACAGUCGUUGCAUUUCGAUGGCGGCAUUGCCAAAGCAUUAGAUUUUGCAAACGUAGCAGCAAAUCUAAAGCAUAAUAACCAACAGGAAGCUAGUGCAGCUACAGAAUCAACUUAUUUGCCAGCUUCGGCUAAGCGACAUUAGCCACAGUUGGUGGAAUUUGAUUUACAUUCUCGAUUGGUUUCUAUUAUUUAUUAUUAGUUGUUUAUAU